UCCAACCCAGAUGAUGCUGAGGACAUCAACGGCUAACACCCCAUGCUCUGGAGCUGGAAAACUGGGACGGGGUCAACGGGGGAAGGUCUAUGCUGCUGAAACCAACACCAUUCUCAGAAGUCCCAGGACUGAAAACCCCCCGAGGGACUCUUCCCCCCAAAGAGACAAUCUCUCCCGAGAUGAUUUGCUAUUUCUUCUCAGCAUCCUGGAAGGGGAACUACAGGCUCGAGAUGAAGUCAUAGGGGUUUUAAAGGCUGAAAAAAUGGACCUGGCUUUGUUGGAAGCUCAAUAUGGCUUUGUCACUCCCAAAAAGGUGCUAGAAGCUCUCCAGAGAGAUGCUAUCCAAGCAAAGGCAGCUCAGUGGCAGGAGGAUAUCUAUGAGAAACCGAUGAAUGAGCUAGAUAGAGUUGCUGAGAAACAGAAAGAAUCAUACGGACGGAUGCUGGAACAGCUUCUGAUGGUGGAGAAAGCUCACAGGCAAUCAAUACAAGAACUAGAGGAAGAAAAGCGGAAGCACAAAGAGUACACCGAGAGGAGUGCCGAAUUUAUCAGUUUACUGGAACAAGAACGUGAAAGGCUGAAAAGGCUGACUGACCAAGAGAGAGACUACCAGGAGAGAAAAGAGGAAGAAAACAAUAAGAAAGUUGCCACUCUAAAGGAGGAGCUGACCAAACUGAAGUCGUUUGCUUUGAUGGUUGUGGAUGAACAACAAAGACUCUCGGAACAGCUCACGCUCCAAAGCCAGAAGAUCCAAGAACUAACUGCCACCGCUCAGGAGACCCAAACAAAACUGGCCGUCGCCGAAGCCAGAGCUCAAGAGGAGGAGCAGAAGGCCAUCGGACUGGAGCGGGAACUCCAGACGCAGACCCACAAGCUUACGCAGCAGCAAGAGGUUACCAUGGCCAAACUGACCAACGAGGACAGCCAGAACCGCCAGCUCCGCUUAAAGCUGGCGGCCCUCAGCCGGCAAAUUGACGAGUUAGAGGAGACCAACAGAUCUCUGCGAAAAGCAGAGGAAGAGUUGCAGGACGUAAGAGAAAAAAUCACCAAGGGAGAAGGCGGCAACUCUGGCAUCAUGGCGGAAGUGGAAGAGCUCAGGAAGCGAAUCCUGGACAUGGAAGGCAAAGAUGAGGAGCUCAUAAAAAUGGAGGAGCAGUGCCGCGAUCUCAAUAAAAGGCUGGAGAAAGAAACGACACAGAGCAAGAGCUUCAAGGUGGAGGUGGACAAGCUGAACAAAAGGAUUAUGGAAUUGGAAAAACUCGAAGAGUCCUUCAGCAAAAGCAAACAGGAGUGUUACUCUCUGAAAUGCCACCUCGACAAAGAAAGGAUGGCAACGAAGCAGCUGUCUCAAGAGCUGGACAGCUUAAAAGUCAGAAUUGGAGAGCUAGAGAGCACUGAAAGCAAGCUGGAGAAGACCGAAGGCACCCUCAAGGAGGACUUAACUAAACUGAAAACAUUAACCGUGAUGCUUGUGGAUGAAAGAAAAACAAUGAAUGAAAAAAUAAAGCAGACCGAAGAAAAGCUACAAGUGGCAACUUCUCAGCUGCAGGUGGAGCAAAACAAAGUGACAUCAGUGACUGAAAAGUUAAUCGAAGAGAGCAAAAGGGCCCUGAAAACUAAAACAGAUGUGGAGGAAAAGAUGUACCACGUGACCAAAGAGAGAGAUGAGCUCAAAAAGAAGCUCAAAGCCGAAGAAGAAAAGGGAAGCGACCUUCUGUCCAAAGUUAACAUUCUGAAGAAAAGACUCCAAUCCCUAGAAGGCACUGAGAAAGACCUCCUCAAAAACAAAUCUAAACAAGAACCCAGUAAGGGCACAGGCAGCUUACACCAAGAAAACAAUAAGAUCAAAGAGCUUUCCCAAGAAGUUGAAAGGCUGAAACAUAAGUUAAAAGACAUGAAAGCUAUCGAAGAUGACCUCAUGAAAACCGAAGACGAAUUCGAGACUCUAGAGAGGCGCUACGCCAGUGAGCGCGACAAAGCUAAAUUUUUAUCCGAGGAACUUGAGGAUGUCAAAAUGGAGCUUGCCAGAUACAAAUUGGCAGAGAAGACGGAGGCCAGCCACGACCAGUGGCUUUUCAAAAGACUCCAAGAAGAAGAAGCCAAGUCCGGGCAUCUAUCUAGGGAGGUGGACGCGCUAAAAGAGAAAAUUCACAAAUACAUGGCCACUGAAGACUUAAUAGGCCACUUACAGGGUGAUCACACCGUUCUGCAAAAGAAACUCAACCAACAGGAAAACCGAAACAGGGAUUUAGGAAGAGAAAUUGAAAGUCUCACCAGAGAACUGGAUAGGUACCGGCACUUCAGUAAGAGUCUUCGACCUAGCCUCAAUGGUAGGAGAAUUUCUGACCCACAGGUGUUCUCUAAGGAAGUCCAGACAGAACCAGUGGACAACGAUCCCCCGGAUUACAAGAGUCUGGUUCCUUUGGAGCGAGCCGUCAUCAAUGGGCAGCUAUACGAGGAAAGCGACAAUGAGGACGAGGAGCUGAAUGACGAUGAGCCCCGAGUGGCCUUCAAGUGCAACUCUUCCACCGUCCAUCCUGUCAACCGGAAAUUGUGGAUCCCAUGGAUGAAAUCCAAGGAGAACCAAUCUCAGAAUGGAAAAGUACAAGCCAAACAGAAUGGAAACUACGUCCAGCCUGGAGACUUGGUUCUGAGCCACACGCCCGGGCAGCCUCUUCACAUUAAGGUGACGCCGGAUCACGGGCAGAACACGGCCACUCUUGAGAUCACCAGCCCCACCACCGAGUCUCCUCACUCUUACACGAGCACUGCAGUCAUUCCCAACUGUGGCACCCCGAAGCAAAGGAUAACCAUCAUUCAAAAUGCCUCCAUAACGCCCGUGAAGUCAAAAUCGGCCCCGGACAGCCUCACGAGCCCAGAGCAAGCCGCCGUGUCCCCGGUGGCCAUGGCAACGUUCGCCAGAGCUUCGACUCCAGAGUCCUGUGGCUCCAUCACUCCGGAAAGGACAAUGUCUCCCAUCCAGCUGGUGGCCGUGACUGGCCCCACCAGCUCCCCGGAACAGAGUCGGUCACCGGAGCCACUGGAGAUUGGGGCCAAGCAUGCCAUCUUCAGGGUCUCUCCGGACCGACAGUCGUCGUGGCAGUUUCAACGGUCGAACAGCACUGGUUCCAGUGUGAUAACUACUGAGGAUAACAAAAUCCACAUCCACUUAGGAAGCCCUUACAUGCAAGCUGUGGCUAGCGUGGCUAGUCCAGGGAGACCCGCCAGUCCUUCGGUUCCAUCCCAGGAUACCCGAACUCCAGCCCUAACGAAUGGGACACCCGGCAAAUCCACAAAUAAGGUCACCAGCAGUAUCACUAUCACACCAACAACCACUCCUCUCCCUCGACAAUCACAAAUUACAAUCGCAGACCUGUACCGGGUCCCCCACCCAGCCCGAAUCCCGAAGCCCAAGUCUGCAAGUUCUGUUAAAUGCCCUCCUAAGACUGCUCCUGGGCCUCUCAACAAAUCACUUCACCGGGCCAGUCUGGGGAGACUGCAUGUCAUUCGGACUGUUACCUCCAACACUUCCCUUUACCCCGGGGGGAAUAGGUAAAGCCCGCCGUGGCCUCCGUGACCAACGUGCAACCCUUGCCAAGUGGCUCAAAGACACGGGAAGCUACCCUAACCAGUAAUGAUGGCCACUCCCAGGCAAGAGCCGGGUCCUUGGAGAAAUGGGAUGGCCCACCGCCAGUGAUCCCCUGGAUGGUGGAAGAGGCGAUGGUCACCCUGAAGCUGCAAGAGGUGGACGUCCCACGACGCUGUGCCUAGCGCCAUGCUUUAAGAGCCAUAAAACACAACCCAAAAUAUUACUGGAUCCACCUCGCCCUUCCAAGAUUGGUCAGGGCAAGCCCAAUGUGCACAACCUGGUCCUCUGCCAGACCUAAAGAUGGAGCCUUUAUCCAAGCCCUAUAUUUGAUGAAGCAUCCUCCAAAGCACACACACUGGAUCUUUCUAAGUUUUCUGGUGGAAUACCCAGCUGGAGGAAUGCUUUCUUUCCGGUGACUUUAUUCCACAGCAGGAGAGUGACUUUACUUGGGAAUAAAGUCUGGCACCAGACUACUAGAAGGUGGUCAAAGCUGUUAGGAUCAAGACCAACUCCAAGGUGAACAACCAACGUAAAAACUUGAAAGAGCUGACCCUGAGCACUGUUACAGCAUUCUGCCAGAACCAGCUUCGGUUAUCUCCCAGGCCCUGGGAGGGGCUACUACAUCAAAUAAAUAAAUAAAUGGGAUUUUCAGGAUGGCUUCAGUAAUCAAAAGCUAUUACCAGAGAGGGCUUUAACUGCUACAACAGAGUCCCGGGUGAGAUGAGAACUACAACUGCCCUCGUGUGCAGAAGCUGCAGACAGUUUCACAGCAGAAUUCCUGUUUGAUCAGAGCACCUAGCUAACUGGAGGAUUGGCUGAAUCCACCCAUUCAGUAGGGAAAUGAAGUGGAAAAUAGGACGAUUCAGACUUUUUAUGGUAUUUAUUAAGCGCGUACUAUGUAUUGGGCACUGUACUAAGCAUCGGGGUAGGUACAAGCUC